AAACAAAGUUGCAGCAGGUAAACAAAUCAAAUAAAGAUGAAAACUUUUAUGGUAUUAUGUAUUGCUUUAUUUUGCUGUUUGUGCUUGGUAUUUGCUGCACCCGUUGAAAAUAGUCCCGGUGUGCAAUUCUUAAAAUACACCGAUGACAAGGAUUUUGAAGAAAUUCAAAAACAAAUUAUUGCUCAAUAUGAAAAUUUGGGCGGUACAUCCCAAGUUCACCAUGUUCAAACUGCCACAAUUGUAGAUCCCAAUAAUUUGAAAAUUAACAUUUAAAUAUCUGUUUUAUUUACAAAAAAUGUU